CCCGGCCGCACACCAACAGCAACACCUCCAGCAGCUCGAGCAGCUCACUCAACAGCAGCAGUUGCAGCAGCAGGUCGUUCAAGUUGCCGGUGCACCGGGGCUCGCUCAUCGCUCAUACAGCGCAUUCAACAACCAAUGUCCUCCAUCCCUGGCAUUUUCUCCUCCAGCAACGACGCCCCAGAGGCCCUCGUCCGUCGGGAUCACAACGACAACCACUCCAACUCCGACGCCAGCGACAACGACAACAACAACGACGACGACAAAUUCUACUAAUCACAAUGGCUCUGCAAAUGCAAACCCGGCGGCGACUAAUGCAUCCGGAUCUGGCUCGAGCUCAGACGCCAUCCACUGUAUCUGUGGAUACACCGACGACGACGGGUGGUCCAUCAUGUGCGAUGAGUGCCAGCGCUGGUCCCACAUGGUCUGCUUCGACAUCAGCGUCGGCAAGGAUCCAGACGAGUGGCGUUGCUGGGAGUGUCAUCCUCGCCCUGUGAACGUCGAACGUGCGCGCGACCGUCAGGCCAGGCGAGUCGCAGCCCAGGCUCGAUUGGGACCACUCGUCGGUAGUUCGAGGGCGGAGAUGUUAGCAGCAGCACAUGCACAAGCAGCGGCAGGAGUUGGGACGAAUCAGAGGAGAAGGAGAGAUAGACGGACAAGUUUAGCAGUGGCGCCGCCUGCCCCGCCGUUAUCUGCUACACAAUCUGGUGGAGGAGGGGAUGUCGCCCAGGAGGACGAGCACGUUGAUAUCGAAGACGACUGGCGCACAUCGUACGUGCAUAUAAAUGAGGACAUCAUCCCACAGGCAGCGACUCGCACGAAAUUGGGACUCGCAGCGCAGAAUUGGAGGGGUGUUACGGCUCUGUCGCCUGACGAGUCAUCAGAGACAGAUUCGAGGACGAAAGUCGUACCCUUGCCGAAUGGAAAAGACGACGUCGCAGCUGCUGUACGUCCACCGAGCUAUGCACUGCAGACGACGGCACCGAUUGCGAACGAUGCGCUUAUUGCACCGUUCUCCUCGACGAUCAUCCCGAGUGCCAAGUACCUUGCAGAUCCGCUCAACGCAUAUGCACAGAUGGGUCUGCCAAAACCUCACGUCCAUCUCGUCCCUCCACCACUAUCCGUCGCACUCGACGCCCGUAUGGCAGGCAACGAAACACGCUUCAUCCGUUCUGGAUGUCGUCCUAACGCUGUUCUACGACCCGUGUUGUGUCCCUCAAAACAGUCUGGUGAAGAUAAUGAUCCUGGUUCAAUCAAGUUUGCUGUUUAUGCAGUGCGUGAUCUCAAGGCUUCCGAGGAAGUUGUACUUGGUUGGGAAUGGGAUGACGGAGCUGUCGUGCACCAACUACCUGCGCUCAUUGAAGAAGGUCUACGCUCAGGAGCUGGGCCAAGUAAAAUGACACCUCACCAUAUCGAACGACUACGCUUACAGAUGCAGAGCAUAGUCGAGUCUCUCAAGUCUAGCUUCGUGACUUGCGCAUGUGGGAGUGCAGCGAGCGACUGUGCUGUUAAACUGAUGGAAGCGUUCGCUGAGGGGGAGUUUCCUUGGAUGAAUGGGUUUCGUGGGUUUCGUCCUCCCUCAACACGGGAGAAGUCCAAGUCGCCAAAUCAGAGUCAGGCGACGGCUAACUCUAAAUCAGCGCAAAUGCAAAACAAUGUCAAUAACAACGCCCAAGCUCAGGCGGGUACAUCAGCAUCAGCAUCACAACCUCAUCAUCAAUAUCACUCCCCAUCACCCCCUCAAUCACUUCCUCAUCAACCUCAUCAACAACAACAUCAAAACGCCGGACAGUCUAAAUCUCCACAACCACUCCCUAUCCCAACUCCAACUCUAUCGAAUCGCCACCCGACGUCGUUUAGCGCUCUACAAGACUUGUCGAGGUACUCGAAUGCGAAAGCACGUGCGAGAUUAUUGGGACCUCUUGUAGGGAAGGAGCGGGGGGUUAGGACGCGUGUUGUGGGUGGUGUUGAGUCUGGUGGGUUGGAAGGUGUGAGACAGGUGCAUGGGGAUCGGUGGGAUCGGUUUGGUGAACUCGAUGUCCGGCGGGAGGAGGGGAACGAACAGCAGGCACGAGAGGGACAGGUUGUACCCGAGGUGCGUGUGGAAAAUGCUACGCCUGCGAAGAGGAAAGUCGUAGAUUUGAAGGGGAAAGGAAAGGAGAAAGAGAGGGUGGUGCGUGGACCAAACGGUGUUGGACUCGGACUAGGUCUCGAGUUGCCAACUGGUUCUGUCCGAACCAGUUCUCCCUUGCGAUCGUCUUUUCGUGGUGAAGACAGGGAGGGGGACACAGCAGGGCAGCAAGUGAGGGAGGUGAAAGAGGAACAGAUGCCACCGAAGAUGCGGAAACGAUGGAUUCAACAGAAGAUGGAGACGUUGAGGAGUGAGAGUGCGGAAGCUCCUCCGACUGGUGGGAGUCCGAGGUCGGAUGUCGCUGAACCCGAAGAGGCGACGAAUGGGUUAGGACUUGAGGCCACGGCUGUGGAUAAGGAUGCGAUGGAGGUAGAUGAAGAGGUCCUUAGACGUGGACAAGACCUUGAGACGCCGAAGAUGAAGGAUGAGAGGUCGAGGUUGGUGUCGACGCCUCCUCCGCCGAGCUCGACUUCUCGACUACGUACGAAUAGCAUGGACGUCGAUUUAGAUGCAUACCACGUACCUCCACCAGCAACCUCAGCAUCAGCACCUGCAGCUACUCAAACAUCACCCAGACCCUCAUUACACUCUAUUCUCACCGCCCCUCCUCUACUUUCAGCAUCAACAACAACAGCAACGUCGGGAAUACACCUUCGAGCAACGAGUCAGCCUUACGACCAACCACAGCAGAGUCAGGCAAGGAAAGCAUCUUCGUUAUUCAGUCUAUUAAACGACCACCCUGUCUCGCCUAUCCAUUCGACGAAUAGGUAUUUGGCGCAGGUUAUGAAUCCUGUGUCGAUGGAUCCUGUACCUUCGCCUUCGCCUACUACUGUGAUUUCUAUGGCUACGAAGGUUGAGGCUGGGGUUGAGGUGAAUGUGAAUGUGAUGCCGAGGGAGGUGACGCCUGAGGUGAAAGUUGAUGUGGAAGAGGAGGUUGUCGAGGAUGUGCAACCCGCUCCUGAACUGGUGGAACCUCUUGAGCCUGAGCCUAUGGUUGAUACUCGGCAGCCUACGCCUGCACCUCCGCUCGAAGUGGAACCGCCGUCGAAAGAGGAACCAGAGCUCGAGCCCGAGGUUGAGGUCGAGGUUGAGGUUCAACCUCAACCUGCACGUUCCUCAACACCAGCGCCUGCACCCUCAUCCGAACCCGUUAUCGAAUCCGUGCCUGUUGUCGAAGAGAGUACAGCUCAGGAAGGUGGUCGUCAUGAUGAAGAUGAAGUAAAGAAGUCGGAAUCGAGAAGUCUGACUCCUGAACUUUCAUCAGCGUUACCUUCGUCACCCUCCACCCCGGCUGAACCUCAACGUGAGUCAGAAGAGCAGCAGGAACCAGAGCCAGAGCCAGAGUCAGCACGGUCGCUUUCGCCUGUACCUUCACCCCCACCUAGUCAUGUACAACCUCCAGCGCCAGCUGCUUCUCAAUCCCCAAACCUUCCUACAGAACGUCCUUCCAUACCCGAACCCGAACCCGCGCCUCCUCCUUCCAAUAUUACUACCACUACCACUACUACUAAUAUUCGACGAUCAGUAGAAGUGACUUCCCCAACUGUACCUGUACGUCGACUAUCUGAGGCGCUUACGAAGCCGAGGAGUUUCACGAGGAGGCCGAGGUCGCAGGCGUUGUUACCGAGGUCGGAAAGUUCUGGGGAGCUUUCGGAGGUUGAGUCUGAGGAGGAGGCUGAAGGAGAGGUUUCUUCGAGGCUUCCUCAAACGACGACGACCACUGGAGCAGUGAAUGAGGAUGGUGUCGUGAAUCAUUCGCGUUCACGAUCGAGUUCUCCAGCGGUUAGCGCGUCACUUUCUCCUUCUGGUGCGAAGGAGGAAGUGAAAGAGAAAGAAGCUUCUCCUGAACCAGAGCAAGCACCUGCAUCUCCGGAACGCGAAGAGGUUGUAGAGGUUGUUAAUGACGAGAGUGUGGAUGUGGAUGUAGAUGUGGAUCCGAUAAUGUUGUUCAAGGAGGAGUUGAUGCAGGCUGAGCAAGAAAAGAAGGCGCAGUCCGAGGAGGUUAAAAUUGCUUCGGACCCGGGAGUAAUGGUGAAUGACUCCCCUCACGUGCUGACGAAGGAGCGCUCUCGGUCUACUUCGGCGUCGGCAUCAGCUGCAAAGGAGGAUCAAGUUCAGCCGGAUUUGGAGGAUGUGAAAGAGGAGAUGGAAGUUGAUGUUGAGGUUCAGGUGAAUACUGUUGUUGAGGACGCUGUUAAGCCUACAGCGGAUGGUGAUGUGGACGUUGAGAUGUAUGAUGACGCUUCAUCUGCACCUCUUUCUCCAGCGCCGUCUCCAUCUCCAGCACCUGCAGAGGAGGUUGUAGAGGAAGUCAUGCCUGCUGUGGAAGUGCAGACGCCCUCGUCACCUGCAUCACCCACAUCGCCAGUGGUGAAGUCUCCUUCUCUUGCUACGGACGAGGCUCUUCCACAUUCGCAACCACCAUCUCCGAAAAUCUGGACGGAGCUGAAACCGGAACCGGAUUCGCUAGAAGAGAAGCAGGCGGUUCUGGCGUCGCUUACUUCGACUUUGUUUCCUGAGGCCGCCCCUGCUCCCGUUCCUGUUCCCAACCCUGAUCUAGCUACUACUACUGCUUCUGCUACCGCUGCGACAUCGACAUCGACGGACGAAGCGCGUGUCUCUGCAAGUCCUCAACUACCGUUACUCCGUGCACCUUCUCCAGCUGUUUCUGUUGGUUCUUCGUCUGCUCAGGCAAGGCCGACGCCUCCGCCCUUUGCUAGUACUUCUGAUAACGAGCACGAGCAUGAACACGAGCAUGAACACGGGUCUGGAUCCGAUACCCACGUUCAAGGUACGGGAGCUGGUGGUGAACGUAGCACGCAGGUUUCCUCUGCGCGGCCUGAACCUCAGAAGGUCAUUCGACGUUCGAUGGCGGAUUAUAAACAGAGGAAGAAGAAGCAGAGGGAGGAAGAGGCUGCUGCGAAGGCUAAGUCUUUGGAAUUAGCGAGUCCUGUAACACCUGUGUCCCCGUUGCCAAUGCAGGAGUUACAGAAGGUGGCUGAGUCGGAGGUGAAGGUUGGUCAUGCUGCACCCGAGUUGAGUAAAGUGCAGAAUGGGAUGGAUGCGGAACGGAGUGGGAAUGUGGAUUUGCGGAUGGAGGCGUCUCAUAGUCCCGCAGCGAGUACGACCCAGCUCUCGCCUCAAGUGCCUGUGCAACUUCUGGGUGAGGAUGCUUCGCGCCAAGACACAGUACCUAAGCGCGAGGCGGUUGAGGACCGCGUCGACUUGUUGCCGAGCCCCGUAACGAGUAGUAAAGAAGAGCGCGGCAAGGCUGGACUGUCAUCACCGCACUCCCCGUCAAAAGAGCGCCCAACUACUCCGCAACCAGAAGACGGCGAAAUUGCGAACACACCUGCGCCUCCGCCGACUCCACCGUCCAAACCUCGUGGAGAGGCAAAGUCGUCUACAGGCGCGGAUUCUUCUGCAACCGCUCCUACGUCGACGUUCUCGAAUCCACGAACGGCACGACUUGGUUCGGGUGGGAUCGCUCCUCCGACUCAGCCACGAUCGUUCCGAGAUGGACGCGUCUUGAGUGCGUCACCUCCGCCGAGGUACAACCGCGAGCCGCCUCCUCCUCCUGCACCAGCUGGGAAGUCGAAGAUCCCGCCUCCGUGGCCCUCGUCUCGUGACCGGCCCAUACCAACCGGAGCUGGGACCGACAGCAGUAGCAGAACACCCACGACGCCGAAAGAAGCAGUACCUUUACCUUUGGACAGGAAGGCAGAGUCUAUGUCCCCUGUCCGGCGCGCUUCGUCGUACGUACCUGGUCCACCUCCACCACCUUCGAAGUCAGGUCCGAGCACGACUUCGGGUCCGCCUCCUUCGAGUUCGGCUGCUUCGCCAACGAUUGCAGGAGGGGCAUCAGGACCGGGUGGGAUGAGGGGCCCACCACCUAGUGGACCACGUGCGUUACGAGCAACAUCUACAGGGAUGAGCACAAGGACACAAGCACCACCACCACCGCCUCCUCGACUACCACUCGCAGAGCGCGUAGAGCGAGAUCGGGGGGAUCGCGAUCGUGAGCGGGAAAGAGAUCGAGAUUGGGAGGAUCGAGAACGGGCUCGAGAUAGGGUGCAUGACCGGGAGCGGGAAAGUGAGAGAGAUAGGAGAGAGAGGGAGAGGGAGAGAGAUAGAGUGGAUAGAGCGGAUAAGUAUUCGCCGCCUCCUCCGUUGCCUUCUCGGGGACGAAUGGGUCGGGGCCGGUAUUGGGCACGUGGAAGGAGAUGAUGAUUGAGAAGAAACUUCGCCGUUCGUUUCGUUAUUUUCUUUCAUAUGAGUUUCUGUGUGUUGGGUUUGUUUGGUUCGUUUUUUCGUUUGUUUGUUUUUUCUUUAUUCUUCUUGUUGUUCGUACAUGUGUCCGUGUCCGUUUAGGAAGAUAUGGAGAUAUGGAGAUAUAUAUUUCUGUAACCCCCUUACAUGUAUUUUUCGUAUUCCACAUAAAUUUACUUUCGUCUUUCGUCUUUCGUCUUCGAAUCUUUUCGUCUUACUUUUUGUCUCCUCUUCUUCAUCUUUUUUCUGUUUUAAAAUUGUUUGUCAUUCGUCGUUCGUAACUCAUACCCUGACGGUC